AUGCCCAUAUUAUUGCGUCAACUAUUUGCUAAUGUGUUGACUCUGUGUUGUGCUGCAAAUCCAAGAAAUUUAAGGGAUAAAUUUAAGGGUUUUAUGAUGGAAGAUUAUUUACGUAACGGUAUAUCACAACAGAAUGCUGAGAUGAGAGUUUUGCAUUGUAUAAAUUAUUUCUUGGAAGGUGUUGGUAAAAAUGUGACUGAUUUUGGCUUGGUAGAUUUAGAUUUGAAUGUGACUAAUGAUGAUAGCUUUCAAACUAUGAUUGUUGAAGAAACGACAAAUAUUAAUGUUGACCCAGGUGGCACUGGAAAAACAUACUUUUACAAGGCGUUACUUACUGCUGUAAGAUCACAAAAUCUUAUUGCAUUAGCAACAGCAUCAUCUGGUGUAGUUGCACCUUUAUUACAGGCUGGUCGGACAGGACAUUCACGAUUCAAAAUUUCACUUCAAAUAAGUUCUGAUAUGUGCUGUUCGGUGAGUAAACAAUCUGAACUUGGUAAACUUUUAUCAAUUUCUGAACUAAUUAUAUGGGAUAAGGCGCCAAUGGUUCAUAAAUAUGCUUUUGAAGUUUUGGAUAAAAUGUUAAAAGACAUUACUGAAUCUCCAAUACCGUUUGGUGGAAAAGUCAUUGUGUGUGGAGGAGAUUUUCUUCAAGUUUUACCAGUUGUACAGAGAAGAACGAAAGAGGAUAUAACGAAGGCAAGUUUAGUUUUUUCACAUUUGUGGCCUUCUUUCACACGACUACCAUUGAUUCAAAAUAUGAGAGCUAAAUUAGAUCCUUCGUUUUCUGAAUAUUUGUUGAAAAUUGGGAAUGGAAUUGAGAGAGAACAUUCAUGCCAGAUGAUUAUGCUUCCUCAAGAUAUCACCAUCAAUUUUGAAAAUGAGUUUAAAUCACUAAAGGAAUUAAUUAACAUUGUGUUUCUCAAUUUCCAGACAUAUGGAGACAAUCUAAAUAUUAUGAUGAAUAGAGUUAUUUUAACCCCAAAAAAUGAAUAUUUGGAUUUAGUAAACAACAUAUUCCUGAAAGAAAUUCCAGUAGAGAAGUUUACUUAUUUUAGUUUUUGA